AUGCAGCAACAACUGCUGCAGCAGCAGGCGCGCGGGACGACUGAACGCAAGGCCAAGCUUGCCCGGUCCUACCAGGAACUGCUUGACGAGUUUGGAAACAAGGACCUCAAGACCGUUGGCAACUACCACCUGGGUCGGCUCAUUGGCAAGGGCUCGUUCGGAAAGGUCUAUCUUGCUACCCACAAGCUCACCAACGGGUCAAAGGUCGUGCUCAAGUCUGCAAAGAAAGAUGACUCUAACCUCGCCCGCGAAAUACAUCACCACCGGCAGUUUGUGCAUCCGCACAUCGCCCGGCUGUACGAGGUGGUCGUGACCGAGAAUCUCGUCUGGAUGGUGAUGGAAUACUGUUCAGGCGAGGAACUUUACGACUAUCUCCUCAGGCACGGCAAACUUCCCGUCGACAAGGUCCAGAAGACUUUUACCCAGCUCGUCGGGGCUGUCGCAUACGUCCACCAGCAGAACUGCGUCCACCGCGACCUCAAGCUCGAGAACAUCCUCCUCGACAAGCACGAGAACGUCAAACUGCUAGAUUUCGGCUUCGCGCGCGAGUAUGAGGGCAGGUCCAAUUACCUACAGACCUUCUGCGGCACGAUCUGUUACUCGGCACCCGAGAUGCUCAAGGGCGAGAAGUAUGCUGGGGAAAAGGUGGACGUCUGGAGCUUGGGUAUCAUAUUAUAUGCGCUGCUGUGUGGGGAGCUCCCCUUCGACGAUGACAACGACGACGAGACGAGGCGGAAGAUCCUGGGCGACGAGCCGAAAUACCCCGAUCAUCUACCACCCGACGCCCUGUCCUUGCUUAAACAGCUCCUCUCCAAGAGGCCGUUCCCUCGACCGUCCCUGUCUGACAUCCUCAACCACCCUUUCCUGGCCGAACAUGCACCCGAGCAGCGGGCCGUCCUGGCCAAGCAGCGUGUCGAGCCCUUCUCCACCCCGCUGGAGAAGGACACGCUGCAUCGGCUGAAGGCCGCUGGGGUGAACACUGACGACGUCAUAGAGUCUGUGCUGGCCCAGAAAUGCGACACGCUUGCUGGAUGGUGGACGUUACUGCUCGAGAAGGAGGAAAGGAAACACGAGAGGAGGGAGAGGAAGCGGAAGGAGAAGGAAGGGGAUCGGAGGAGCUCCCGACGGUGGUCCCAGGCAUCAAGUCGCCUUGAGCGUUUGGCCCCGGUCGGCGAAGAAGGCUCGCUCGUCAAGCUGGGUGACCCUCCCAUGCUACGGCCGAGGGGCCGUUCGGAGAGGAGGAGCGGAUACUAUCCCGACUUCCAGAUCACGGACUUGCCUGGGUUGCCAGAGGCUGGAAGGUCGAAUAUCACGCUGAGUCCGGACCAGGAGAUGCCACCACCGCCGAUCGACAAGGACUCUAUCCGAUCCGUCAGCAGCUCUCGCCGGAGACCUAUCCCGCCACCUAAGGAGGGCGUGCCUGGGGUUCUACGCAGUGCGAGAUCUAGAGGCUCCACACUGCAUCUCGUCACGACCGGCGAUGCACUGGAGGGACGGGGCAGGAGCCAGGGCAACGACACUUCUGGACCACAGAAACUCCGCAAGAAGCCCUCACAAGGGUUCAUAUCGCACUGGAAGAAUCUGACACACUGGCUCUUCGACUCGACGCGGCGGCACAAGGAUCCCAACAAGGUGCUGAGCCAUUCGACGCCUAACCUGCGUGAUAAGACGCGCGGUGGGAAGGACGGCAAGCUUUCCAAGGAGAACAGCCCGAGGCCACACACCGGCAAGACGGUGGCGUCACAGACGCCUCAGGCGACGGCUGUGGCAACGAUGCCCACCAACCUGACGCCUGGCAGCGCCGGCAGUCCCACGACUGCAGUUUUCUCGACGCCAGGGGGGGCCUCACAUAGCCAUCGACGUGCGCCGACAGGGGGCUCAUACAAACGCCAGUCUCUGUCACCCUCUCCUAUCACGCCUCGAUCUACCGUCCGAAGAUCAUCAGCCGGCCUGCGUGGCCGCAAGUCUACAUCAUCCUCCGUGUCGUCCAUACGAUCUAUGCAUCAUACACACCACCAUACCCACUCCAAAGCCUCCUCCACAUCGUCGACCAAUUCGGUCUCCACGAACAUGUCCAAGACGCCGAUGCAGACAGGCCGCAGCCCACACCACUCGGUCAAGGUCCUGCCGGCCACCCCGACUUCGGUCACGUCUUUUCCCAGCAAUAUCCGACUGGUUAGGGGGGCGCCGCUACCCCUCUACACCGAGAACGCGUCAUCGAGGAGCAGCAGUGGUGGCAGGACAGGCAGUCUCGCCGCCAGCCCAAUGAUGCCGGCCCCACGAUCUCCGAACCCUUUUACUUCCACAUUUGGGGAGCGCAGUGGGCCAUUCUUUGCUAAACGCAAGCGGAACCUAUUCAAAGGGCCGACGUCAGCUGUGGGCGGAAGUAGCGGCCGCAGCGAUCGAGGCACCCCGACGCACAGCCGAAGCGCGAGCGGUGACCGCCUGGGCCGGCGCAGUGGGGAGAUUGCCGCCGUACAAGAAGAAGACGAGGAAGACUCGCUCGCGAUGGGCGACGAUGACGAUGAUGACCGCGACACGGUCAAGUUCAUGGGGGUCGAAGAAGAGGACGAAGACAUCGAGGAGGUGGAAAACUUCACACCUGUGGUCAAGGGCCCUGGCGAGCAGAUCGAGGAGGUGAUAUUUGAACCAAGCGAGGUUGACACGUUUGCCAAUGGGCAGGCUGGCGCGGGAUCCAUGGCAAUGACAGGAUCGUCGACUGGUGUUGUCGAGGCGGCUGUCAAAUGAGCUGACGUGACCGCAAGUCCUUUUUCCACACACACACACACACACACACACACACACACACAUCCUUCAUACGCAGAUGCUCUAACCUUUGCUUCCUUCUUGAGGGGACCGGUCGAGAGCCUCCCCUUCCUCCUUCAUCAAAUCACUUUCAACAUCAUACAACCUACAUCAUCAUCAUGCUGCUGUCGGGCUGGUGCCGCACUAUGCUCACCACGUUCACCCUGACAUCUACGUUCUUGUACGGUGCAAGCGCCAAAGCUUUAUUAUUCUUUCUAUAGAGAUGUUUUGUAACCCCUUCCCAUACGAGCUCAGCGACCAAGUUCUUCUUCUUGCUUUUUCUUAGUAAUAUUCUAUCUGGCCUGUUUGUAUCAAGCAUCUAUUUCUAUUUUCUCUUGUUCGUCUUAUUAUCUCUUCACCUCCCCUUUGCCAUCAAUGAUACCUCUGACUACUCCAUUUCUUCAAAAUCUCGCAAGGAGAUACUAUUCAACCGGAAGUUCUUUUCGUCAUAAUUCAUACUCUUC